UGUUGUCUACGAUGAUAAUAUAAUGUUUUGUAUUAGUAUUAUCCCACCAAAUUUUUUUCACCCUUAUUUUAGUUGGAGACGCAGUCGGUUUUUGAUUUUUGGUCAUAACGGUACACACACGUAUGUCCUUAUCGUGUGUAUUGUGUCUUCACAAUAUUUUUUCGGGACGAAAAUCAUCCUUAAACAAUAACAAUAAUAAAUAUAUCUAAAUUGUUGAUAAUUUUUGAAUAGAAACAAAAUAAGCCACGAAUAAAUAUAAAAAUAAAUGAAAAUAAAUCAACAAUUUUAAUUAGUUUCUUCCCAAAUAAACAAAAUUAUUAACCAACCAACCAACCAACCAACUUCUUUUUAUUUUUCUGAUUUUUUUUUUCUAAUGGGAAGGAGUGAAUUCAUUCUAAUUACAAAGAGAUCUGUGUAUAUGUAAAUAGUGUAUGACUAAAUAGUAUUGUGCUUAAAAAUUAAAGGAAAGAUAUAGUUGAGUCCUGUAAUUCUACGUGUAGUUUGUGGAAAAUAAACAUGGAGAAAAACUAACACAGAAUCUUUUGGUAAUAUCAAGUGAAACGGAAUCAAAAGCCCGGUCAUGAUUGUUAAUAAAAGUCAUAGUUGCACCAAAUAUAACAAUUCUCGGUCAUAUUUAAGCAAAAGCAAUGACACCAUGUUGCAAUAAUAUCCUUUCUUCGGUACUGGAUUUUCCACAGGAUUGGAUUUAAAUAAUUUUUAACACAUAAACAUUGUAAACAUUGUGUUCUCGGGCUAUAGAAAAUGCUGUUAUUUUUUCUUUCUUUCUAAUAAUACCAGAGUGUGAUGUAUAUCCUUUCCAUAAAGCUUACUCGACCCCCAACCCCUUUAUUAUUCUAAUGCCUAGACGUAUCUGAGAGGAAAUUAGAAAAUAUAGAGUCACAGAAAAAGGGACGAGGCCAGCGGUGUGAGAAAAAAAUAAAAAGUAGCUCUUAUGGCUAAUGUUAUAAUUAUAUAUUUGUGUGUAUAUUAUAUGGGCUCUGUUAUGUGGCGUUGUGUAAAAUUUGCAAAAAAACUCUAAUUUCCAGCAGUUUUGAAGCUACAAUUUCAAGCUUUUUUGUCACGAAAAUACUGUGUUGCGUUUUAAUUUAUUUAUUUUUUUUCCGAAAUUCAGUUUGUUUUCAAACUGUUUGGUUUAGAGUGUAUCCUGUAAAUAAGCGUGAAUUAUAAAUAAAAUAAAGUGAAGAAGUGCAUAAUGCAAAACAAUUUCAUAUAUAAAUUUCCAACUUCUAAGUGGAUGUUGACGAAAGAGAAAAAUUAAAGGGGAAUGUGUUUAUUGUUUGUGUAUAUGUAAGAAGCUGAAUAGAAAUACAGAAGGAGAUCUUCAGAAAACUUUAUGGAUAUGUUCAGAAUGUAAUUAGGAAGAGGAAACAAUUAAGUCACCAACAUUCUUUAUCAUCGUCCACAUGUGAAAGUCCUUAUUGCCGGGAUAGUUUGACUAUUAUGGACCUUUUAUAUUCCGAUAUAGUAGAAAAAGAAAAAAAUAGUUUUAUAUUUUAAAAUUCGGUAAAAAAAAACUUUAAUAAAAAUAACAGCUUCAUCACUUGUGCUUGAAAAGAUAAUAAUGUAUCUAACAGAUCAAAUCUAACGCAUGAUGUCCGUAAAAAUGGUGAAAACCCGAAUAUAUACAAAAACAACUAGCUCAUAAGAAUCAAAUAGAAUAAAGUUGUAAAAAAAUUAUGGACAAUCAAAAUAACAGUGUGAAGAAAUUCUAACAUCUAACUUUGUUGCUGCAUAACAAAUAAUUGUUUCUUUCAACUUGCGAAGUGGGGACACACGUUGCAAAAGAUAUUUUCGUAUCUUCUGUAGUAAAACUGUGUGAUAUGCGUUCCCUGCGUGUUUACUACAAGAUCGUAAUGCAGAACUAUGCAAUUUUUCUCUUAUUCUAUUUUGUAAGAAAUUUAUAAAAAAAUUGUGUGAUCAAAAUUGCGUUUUUGUACGAAAUCAUAAUCGACGCCUAUGAUAAAUAAUGAUAGAUGCAUUCCAUGCGGUCACGCGGUAAACGUUAAUUGAUAAUAUAUACAAAUUAACACAUAUUCCGACUGGUCCAUUUAAAAGAGGUAUUUAAAAAUAAUAAAGCAUAAAUAUAUAUAUACAUAUAUAUAUCCAUCUAGUUUUUAUAAUUUAAUCAAAUGUUUAGAAAAAAGUCGAGAAAUUGUGAAACAAAACAAACGCCAACGAAUAAAAAAUUCUCCUGUUGCGGGAAAACAUUACCAUACCCAUCAUCAACAUUACCACCACCAUCACUUCUACCCACAUGGAUAUGGAAUCUAUCGGUGAGAUAAUCGAUCAGCAAUCCCUUGGCGAAUCGCUUGUUGUUGAAACUCCGGUGGAUUCACCAAAUCAAAGUAAUCAUGGGACAGUUGUGAUGGUUGGAACCGUGAUAGAUGGUAUCGUCACGAGCCAUCACACUCAACAACAACAACAGCAGCAACACAGCCACCAACAACAUCAUCAUCAACAGCAACAGCAUCAUUUAAAUAGUAGCAAUAACGGUCAUCAACAUCUUCAUCAUGAUCAACAUCAACAAUCCGGCAAUAGUGGUCAUCACAAUCAUCAUCAUCACUCAGUUUCAAAUGAUGAUUGUAUUAGCACAGAGUCGGAAAUUUCAGGGCUUGGUCCAUUGUCGGUUUCAACAACACCUGGUGGCCAUUCGCGCAUCAUAACCCAUGCUGGACACAGUUUGGAGCUAAUUAAGCAGGAACAUAAGGUUGCUGGAGUUGAUGUUGUUGUGGCUUCAGCCGGUGAAUUAUCCCCUGAGGAAGUGGAGGUAACAUUGGAUGCCGCUCAUCAUCAUCACCAUCACCAUCAUCACCACCAUCAUCAUCAGAGCCGUCAUGAAACUCUUUCCGUGAUUGUUCAACCGCAAGAGGAUUCGCGUGAUUCACAGCUACUUAGCCCGGGUAAGCUAACACCCUCGUCCGAAAUGAUUGACACUUCAGAUUUUCGGAGUCUACACGAACCUACCUAUCAGACAUUAACGUCGGUCAAUGGACGAAUGUCACCACCCGGGUUCAGUCCCAACUCAUCAUACGCAACGCUCACUCCAUUGCAGCCACUUCCACCUAUCUCAACAAUGUCUGACAAAUUUGCAUAUGGUCAUGCCAGCAAUGUAAGUGGCUCAUUUACGGUGAUGCAGAAUAAUAACAUGAGUAGCCUGAGCCUUGGGCUGAGCGGGGUGAAUUCACCGUUCAAUUAUGAUAAACUACCCUCAAUCGGGAUGUCCCCUCCGCACAAUUAUUCAUCACCAACAAACACUCUAGGUGGAAUGGGUAUGUCUCAGCAGCCUAGUCCGCUCUCUCCGCAAAGUUCGUAUAGUCAAAAUGAUCUCCAAUCGCCACAGAAGAGUAUGUCGCCUGCAGGAUAUGAAUCUCCCUACGGCCAUCGGGAUUUACUGAAUCGCCAACAGCUUCAACAGCAUAGUCCAACGUUAAGUCCACAGUCCACAUCGUUAAAUUCGCCUGGCGGGAAUACCAUUGCUGCAACGAGUUUCGGUUCGACGAACCUAACAACAAUAAAUGGUCUCACAACAAUCGCCACCCAUUCAAAUGUAGUUUCGCCAAUACCCCACUCAACACCACCGGGAUUAGUCCAAAUUUCACAUGUACAUCGUGAAGCCGUCGUAGUUCAAUCGCCGUCCCCUCCUACGCUCACCAUUCAACACACGCCCAUACAGCAUCACCAAGUCAUUACUGGCAAAACCGCGUUCAUAAUUGGUGCGAGCCACCAACAGCGUCAACAGCAGAAUAGUACUAAUAACGUAAAUCCUGGUAAUCAACAACACAAUGGCCAACAUCGCAAUAAUAAUUUAACAGCAACAAGUCAGACUAUCCAGCAAUCAAUAACAACGGUGAAUAAUAAUAAUAACAAUAACACAAACAAUAAUAAUUCAAAUAAUAAUAGUACACCAGUGACUGUCACAUCAAUAAGCAACGAUGCGGAAGAAAUUAAUACUAAAGAACUUGCGCAAAGAAUAUCGGCGGAACUAAAACGUUAUAGUAUACCUCAAGCGAUUUUUGCACAACGUGUCCUGUGUCGAUCACAAGGGACACUCUCAGACCUCUUGAGAAAUCCAAAACCUUGGUCUAAAUUGAAAUCCGGUCGUGAAACAUUCCGACGUAUGUACAAAUGGUUACAAGAGCCGGAGUUUCAAAGGAUGUCAGCGUUAAGGAUGGCAGACAACCAGAUAUCUGCUGUACGCAAUGUUAACAACGUGAAUUUAAUGAACAACAACAACAACAAUAAACAAAACAGCAACUACAACAUCAAUUACAAUAUUAAUCAGAGAUUAAAAACGGCCCCAACCACAACAACAACAACAACUACCACUCCAACUUCAAUUUCAACAACAAUAGCAACAUUUCCAUCUGGAACAAGUAUUUCAUCUUUCAAUUUCGCCCACCGCACAGAUUCCACAGAGAGGCAGCUGCAAACGGAAAGAGGAUACACAACAACAAGAACAUAUGCCAACGCCCAAGAAGCCACGAUUAGUUUUUACCGACCUUCAGAGGCGAACUUUACAAGCUAUUUUUAAGGAAACGAAGCGGCCUUCAAAAGAAAUGCAAGUUACAAUAGCAAGGCAACUAGGUUUAGAACCUACAACUGUUGGUAACUUUUUCAUGAAUGCACGUCGUCGUUCCAUGGAUAAAUGGAAAGAUGAAGAUCCAA